CGUAUGUUUAUUGACAAGACGUUGUACUAUACUAUAGGCCAAGUAACCAUGAUGUAAUGGGUAUUUAGAAUUUUUGAGAAGCAGAUAAUUUUAAUACUAUUAUCAAGGAUUAAGCGUGUGAAGUCGAGUAAUUUUUAAUCAUAUUAGUUUUUCCAAAGAGAGAAUGGUUGGAAGACGACAAAAUUCACAAUCAGGGAAAGGGAGAUGUCGCAGAACACGAGGAGGUGUUAGAAAGAGGAAAAAUCAAACUGUUUGUACCAGAUCUUCGUCAAAAAAAACAGAGAAAUUUUCAGUAUCAGAUGAUGUUUUUAUUAUUCUUUCAGAUAUAGAUGAAACUGAAAACCUUAGUGAACAACCAGACAGUGAAUUAUCUUACAUAAUUACUGACACACUGUCUGAUGAACACAGUAAUGAAUUACCUGGCUUAGCUUUGGAAGGUGAUGGUAAUGAGCCUUUACAUGAUACUUCUGUUUUCAAUUCUGGGGAUAAUGUGAUAAUGGAAAGUACCCAUGCAAAUGAAAAUAAAAUAGAUGGUAGAAAACCAAAUGAAAUUAGAACACAUACAGUCAUGAAUAUGCAAAUUUCAGAUGUUGCAGUGAUUGAUCAUAUUCCUACAGUGAGAGAGAAUUUUUCUGCAGUUCAGUCUGAGGGCAAAAAUGAGCUAGAAAAGGAGGCUUCUCAAGUUAAAUUGAAUUCAAGCAUGGAAUCUGCAUCAACUUCUGUAGCAAUUUUGUGUGACACAAUUAAUCCAGAUUUAGUUGGAGAAAAUUGUAAUAAGUUAAUAACAACAAAAAGAGCAGAAAUAACAGUGAUGGCAGAUCUUGAAAAUUUUUCAGAACAAACAGAUUUAAAAAGGAAGUUAUUAGUGCCAGAUAGUGUGAUUAAAAGUGACUUGACUGAUCAGAAGGAAAAUCAAGAUAAGUCUAACCUAGGAAAAUGCUAUGUUGAACUACCUACUAAUCUAGGGUUUUCUGAAGACAGUUCUAAAGAAAAAUUAGAUGACAAGGAUAAAGAUGUUAACAAAAUAAAAGAAAAAUGGAAAGAUGAAAUGCUUGCAAAAUCUAAUGAUGAAAAUCCAGAUGGCAUGAAAAUUAGAAGUGAAACUGAUACUAAAGGUGAAAGUGAUAACAUGACUACUGAUGAUGGAUUGCUCAAGAGAAUGUUGAACCACAUGAUAAAGAGGAGACUAAACAGUGGGGUGAAGAUUUGGAGGAAUUAAUUGGAAAGGAUUGGCAAGUAGUAGAUUUUGAUGACAGUAAUGAAGAAACUCUUGAACAUACAGAUUUACAGUCAAAAGAGAAGCCAAAGUGGAAAGAAUAUAAAGAAACAAAGCUUAGUGGUUUAUUUCGUGGACAUUCCCACCUGGCAGAGGACUUGAAGAAAAUUAAAUCACCUUUUGUUGGAACAGAAUAUGUGAUAGAACUGUGGCAGAGUAGAUGGGAAAAAUUCCAACGUUUUGAUUGUAUCCUUUGCAACAAAGCCUUAUGCCGAAAAAAUCUAGUUGAGCACCUUACUAGUCCAAUCCAUAGGACUUUGUACCUGGAGAAACACUUGCCGAAGUAUGGAGAGAAAUUUCCUGUUACAAAUCCAAAGAAAUGGGAUUCAAGGUUUAUUAAAGCAUUAGAAGAUCUUUGUGAGCAACUAGAAAAGUUUUAUGGAAGGCAGAAAUUUCAUAUAACAACUUAUAAAUAUUUUUUAAAACACAAAUCUGAUAUACAGUAUACCAUUCAGGAAGGCCCACAUUUCUCAGAAAAUGAAAAAAUCUUAUUGCCAGCUGAUCUACCAUCAUCUGGAAGAAUGUGCUUAAGAAGAGGCUUUUCAAAAUUGUCCAGUACCUCACGAAAAAUAAAAUCUUUAGAUUCUGCAAGACCUGUAGAAGAGAAGGAAGAUCCAAAAUGUGUAUUGAAUAAAACAAAACGAUCUUCAGAUAAUAAGCCAACAAGUUCUUCAAAAAACUCUAGAGCCAUAUCAAGCUCUAAAAAUAAAAAAAAUGUUAGAGAAUCAAGAUCUAAGACAAGUAGUAAUGAUAGAAAUAAGAGAGAGUGUAGAUCAAAAUCUAAUUCAAAAGUUAGGGGGUCAGAAGAGGCAAUCAAAUCAUUCACCCUAAAUAAUAAUGCAAAGAAAACAAACUCUAGUGGCUCUGAAGAUUCUAAAAGGAAAGUUAAUCAGAAACAAAGCAAGCAUAAUCCACAUGUGUGUCAUAAAACUCAAAAGUUAUUUGAACAUAAUAAGGUUGUUUCAUCAUCAAAGAAGAAAGAAGCAGAACAUGAUAGUAAUCUAAAGUCAGUAAAUAAUUAUGGCAGUGAACAAAAAGAUAAUCCAGAAGACAUUUCAAAAGUAGAUAAAAACUCUUAUAAAGUGUUUGACAUUAAAACCAAUCCUGAAAAUAUGGAAACUGAAAAUAUUAAAAUAGCAAAAGAAAAGGAAAAAGGCCAUUCUUCAGACAUGAGUAUACAGACUCAAAGGAUAGAGGACACUUCAAGUUCAAAGGAUGAUAAUGAAUCUGCAAUUACAAUAAAUGGGAAGUUAGAAAAUGAAUCUUCUGAAAUUGAAGAACAAUGCAAGAAAAUGCCAUUAGAUAAAGAACAUAAAUGUAUUGAAAAAAAUGGUAGAAAAUCUGUGAAAGACAAUAUUAACAAGGACCUGUGCAGAGGAAACAAAGAAAAAGAUGAAAAUUUUGAAAAUAAUACUCCAAGUGAUAGAGAUCAACAGAAUGUAAUAAUAAAUAAAAAGGAUUUUGGAAGUAACACUAAUCACCAAAGAUGUGCAACCCAGAAGGAUUCAAGAAGUGAUGGGUAUCAGCAAAAAAGUAAGGAUGAUUUUCAAAAUAAUAGGCACCAUGAAAAUGAAAAUAAUGUUGUAAUUUCUCAGAGUGAAGGAGACCAAACAAAAGAUAAAAUGAAGAUUGAAUCUCAUAGUGACAAAGAUUACAUAAACAAAAAGAGCACAGAUAAUUCUCAAAAUGAUAAAGACCAGCCAAAAAAUACGACUAAAGAUAUUUCUCAAACUGACCAAAAACAUCAGAAAGAAAAGAACAAGAAGGAUUCUAGAACCGAUAAAGACCAACAAAAUGAGAACAAGGAUGAUUCUUUAAGUGAUGGAGCUCACCAGGAAAAGAAGAAAAAUGAUGUUUCUCAAAGUGAUGGGGCUCACCAGGAAAAGAAGAAAAAUGAUGUUUCUCAAAGUGAUAGAGACAGUCAAAAUAAAAAGACCAAGGAUAAUUCUUCAGGUGACAGAGAACAAGAAAAGAAUAUGAAGGAUUUUCAAGAUGGCAGAGAAUGGCGGAAAGAGAAAAGCAAGGAUAGUUGUCAAACUGACAAGGAGCAGCAGAAAGGGGAGAUGAAGGACACUUUUCAGAGUGAGAGGAACCAAAAAAACAAGAAGCACAAGGAUGAUUCUCAAAGUAAUAAACUCCAAGAAUGUGAAAAAGUUUGGUCAAAAAGUGAAAAAGAUUUGAAUAUUAAAAAUAAAAAUGCUUUACAAAAUUUCAAAGAACAACAAGAAGAAAAAAAAAAGAAUAGCUUCCAAAAUAGCAAAAAUUGCUAUAAAGAGGACAAAAAAAAAGAUGAUUGCAAAAGUAAAAGUAAUCAACAGAAAGAGAAAAACAAGGAUGUUCCUCUAAGUGAAAAAGAUCAUCAGCACAAGAAUAACCCAGAUGCUUCUCGAAGUGAUAAAGAUCAUCAAAAUAAGAAGAUGGAUAAUUUUCAAAGUGACAAAGAACAGAAAAACAAGAACAAGGGAAAUUCUCAGAGUUGCACAGACAAGCAAAAGCAGAAAAGCAAAGAUGCUUACCAACAUCAUACAGACCAUCAUACCAGGAAGACCAGAAAUAAUCCUGUGGGUAACAAGGAACCAAUAAAAGAGAUGUGCAGAAAGGAUCCUCAAGAUGGUAGAAAUCAGCAGAAAGAGAAGAGCAAGGAUAAUGCUCAAAAUGAAACAGAUAAGAAAGACACAACAAACAAAGAUGCUCCUCAAAGUAAUAAAGACAAAAAAAAAGAAAACAUUUAUUCACAUAAUGAUAAAGAAUAUCGUAAGGAAAAGAUCAAAAAUGCUUCUCAAAAUUUUCAAGAACAGAAAAGUAAGGAUUGUUCUCAGAUUAUCCCAGAUUGGCACAAGGAAAGCAAAAAGAAAGACAAUUGUAGAAGCGAUAAAGAUCAGCAAAAAAAAAGUGAUGUGCAUCUUCUGGAAAAGAAGAGCAAAGAUGGAUGUGGAAAUGAUAGAGAAAGAGAAAAAGGCAAGAACAGCAAGGAUAGUCCCAGAAGUAACAAAAACCAACAAAGUGAACAGGAUAAAAAGAUCAAUUUUAGCAAUAAAAGUGUUAAACGUGAAUUUGGAAAUAGUAGGGAAGGUUCAGGAUGUAACACUAAACAUAGUGACAGGGACAGAAGUAUGAAAUAUCUUAAACCAAAUCAAGUAACUUACACUUCUAGAAGAACAAGAAGUAGCAGUCAAAAAAGAAAGAAGCAAAAUUACAGUAGUGAACAGCUUCGAAGUAGCCAAAAUAGAAGCCUUUCCUUUGAUGGUGUAUCAAGGUUCCAUGUCAAGAAUGAAAGAUGUGUUGGGGAUUACACAGAUAUGCAAAAAUUAUCAGGGAAAAGAGAAUACUCCCAAAAAGAUUACCCAGUGAAGAAAAAAAGAAGCAAAAGCCCAUUGACAUUAUACAAACCUGAUGAAAGAAGUACAGACUGCAACAGAAUCAGGAGACGAUCCAGUUCUCAAAGCAACAAAUGCUUCAGUUUGGUCUCUUCAGAUGACUUUCAGUUUGAAAGAAAUGGAUCCAAGACUCCAGAUAUGAGCAUGGAAUACAGUAGAUCUGAUUCUUUGUGGAAAUUGGAAAAACAAGAAUUUGACACAUCUAGUUAUCAUGAAAAUGAGUCAUCUGGUCUAAAAAGUGGGAGAGAAGAGCUGUCCUGCACUGAUCCACCAUUUUCAUCCUUCAAAGACAUUUUCUACCACUCAAAGAAUGAGGUUAUUCCUGACAGAUCUGAAGGAUUAAAUGAAACCUCUUUUAGUGAUAAGUUUAUGGAAACCAGUGAUGGUGAAUGGCGUAUGUUACCAGAAAGAGAUACUGUCCAGCUGAGUCAAAGAGAAAAGCAGUCAGAAGAAUGGCGGGAUGGACAUGGUUUCAGACUUGAAAAAACAGAAGAUUCUUCUUCCCUUUCAGUAUGGAAGGAAGAGCUAGAAAACAGUGAUAAGCGGACUAUAAGAACAACAGGUACCCCAAAAGAGAGUAAUGUGAGUACUAAAGAUAAUUGGCAGGUAUUUUGUUCAAAGAGGACAAAUGAGUUGCUGAAAGAGGGAAUAAAACCAGAUUGUUAUGAUUUUGAAGGAGAGUGGAUGGAAUUGAUAAAAAGAAGAAGAAAUGAACAGUGCCUUUUUUCACGUUUUGGUGCUUGUUCCUCCAUUGAGCAAUUUGAUAAUGUAAUGCCAAUGAAAUUGAUUCAAAAUGAAAUGCUUGAUUCUUCUAAGAUGAUCUCAGAUGAAGGAAAUAACUUAUGUUCUAUAGAUGACAAAAAGUACCUGUGCAAUGAGUCUUUAGGUCAUCAAAGAAUUGUGAUGUGGCAGUCAACCAACCAGAAAAAACAAAACUCUGGGAGGAAAAGGUCAAUUGAAGUUGAUGAAUCAUCAUUACCAGAAAAGCGGUAUGUAAGAGAAUCUCAUUUACUGCCAAGUAUAAAUAAUUCCAAACCUUCACACCCUGGUUUUUCUGAAAAGAAUGUGAGUAACUAUGGCAGUUCAACUUUUCCAGAAUGGACCACGUUUCCAGCACCAGAAAGACCAGAAGAUGAUUUACAACUGAAACUUCUAAAAGCUUUCAAUCAGAAUAGUUUUUCCCAUAAUAAUUUACCUGGGAACGUUUUCAAUGAAGAUUAUAAAGAGUCCAUUGCUAAUCAGGUUGCUUCUGUUUUGACAAAAUUGGGAAUGACAAACAUUUCUGAAUCUGUAUUAACUAAUGUUCUUCAGCAGUUAGGAUACUUGCAGGGUAGUAGCACUGUUACAAGUGCAUGCUCAGAAGCUAAUAAAGAUUCAUCAUCUUUUUUCAGGACCACAUCUCAUUCUGAUUGGCAAAGAAAUAUUCCUUUUGAAAAUGACCAGGGAAUUUUUCUUGUUCACAGAAUUGGAGAAGCUCUGUCAAACUUGGGGAUUCAACUAUCAGCUGAUACCAUGCAAACACAGGUAGAUCAGACAUGUAUGAAUUCAGGUCCUGGUUCAUUUCCUCAGCCAUUUGUAUUAUCAUCUUUUGAUAAAUCACUACCAAUGUCAACUACAAUUGUUCCAUCAUACUGUACGAAUAAACCUUUCAAAUCUGAGGUACCAAAGGGUGUACCUAAAACAAAAUCAAAAUUUAAACCAAAAUACAAGCAGAGACAAUGGUGGAAAAGAAAAGGAAGACGAAAUACAUUUAUUCAUACUAAUUUUCAAAAGUUGGGAACUAAAACUUCUCAAAAUGACAACCAAACUGGGUCAUUAAGGGCAAGAGAAAUGAAGAAUACUAAACAGAUAGCACAAGAGAAAUCCUUAUAUGCAACCAAUUUAAGAUCCACUAUUAAUCAAGGACAAGUUACAAGUAGAAUGAAUGAUAUCAAAAGACAUUCUGAAGUAAUGGUUUCAUCAAAGUUUAAGGAAAACCAAAAGAACCAGAUGCAAAAUAUGUACAAUCCAUUUGAACAGGAAAGAUCAACCUUAGCAAAAUGCCUAGAAAAUGAAUCUUAUCAUAUUGAAAGCUCUUCACCUGGACCAUCAACAAAAUUUCAUCAAUACAAUGUACCUUUGGGUGAUGAUAAAACAACUGCUCAGAAUGUUUAUUUUCAACAAAAGGGAAAUAUUGGAAACUCUGUACCAUUUAAAAAUGAUAUUCCUUGUCAACCAUAUUUUAAUCCAUGGAUAAAACCCAACACUAUAAUAGGACCAGGAAAUAACAACUUCAAAAACAUGACAGGACAAUAUGUAGAGUCCAAGGAGACAAACAUUCAAAGUGGAUGUGGCUGGAAUUCACAAAUCUUAAAGACAGGAGAAAGUUUAUUUUCUCAAAACAAGUCACUCAGUCAGACUACACCAAACACUUGGGCUAUGCCUGUACUCCCUUUUCAAAAUUUAGGCCAUCAUUUCACCUCACAAAAUAGUCAGUAUUCCCAGCACAUGGCACCUUUCUCAGAAAAAUUGAUGAAUCCAAUGAGGACACCAGGACCUCACCAAAUAACUGCAAACCUCCCACCACCUUUUCCUUCAACAUCUCAAGAUAGUAGCAUGAAUGCACUUUCUAACAUAAACUACACUGCUACUUCAUCAUUUAUGCCAAAAAUAUGGAAGAAGUUCUGAAAGCAGAAUGAUUUUAGAAAUUUAUUUGACAAAGAAUGGUUUGAACUUUGGUGGUUGUACAAUUUUGUGUUGCUUUUCUAAGAAAAGAUUUUCAGAAUCAUUUAAGAAAGACAAACUGUUGUUCCUUUCAGCUACUAGUGUAAAAAGUGCUGAUUGUAUUUUUUAAAUAACAGUCAGAAAAAGUAGUUUCUGGCUGUUGAAUAGCUCUUUGAAAUGAUAUCAGAUGUGUAUUCAUAAGUUAUAUCAUUACAUGUUUACACAACACCUUGUGUAUUUUUUUUUUAUAAUUGUACACUAAUGACAAAUUAGAAAACAUACAUAAAUGAAAGCACAAGCUAUUUAAUUAUGUAUCUCCCACCUCUAUAUUAAGGGUAAAAUUUUUUCCUCAAGCUGAACCUUUUAACUUUACCUGUACAGGGUUUUAAUUUGAAAGGAUUAAAUAGUUAACACAAAAAAACAAACAUUCAGUACAAGUUUUUGAGAAACUUUUAAUUUUAGGAUUCCCUGAAUCAAAAUUUAAAAUAUUUCUGUGCUCAAUCAUGUUUUCAAAUGGAUAAGGUAAUUCCUGAUAUUUGUAUAUACGUGUACAUAAUACCGAAAACACAAGCUCAGAAAGUAUGAAUAAUGUUUCAGUUUACAUUAUCUGCAUAGAUAAAAAGAAAUUAUAUGAUAGGGCGCAAGACUAGUAAUAAUUUUUGAGACAUUAGGCAUUAACUGGAUUAGUCAUGUUAAGUAUUAUGGAUGAAUAUACUUAAAGAUUUUGUUUUGGAAAGUUCAAGUAAAAUUCUCAAGGAUAAUUUCUUCAGUUCUGAUAAGCCAUACUGUUUAGCAAGAAAUAUAAUGUUUGUAUCAAAUUUUAUUCCUUUUUCUUAUUGGUGUACAUUUACAGGAAACACUUUUGUGCAUCAUUUCUGGUACCAUGUAAGACUUUUGUGCUCUGUCAUCAUUUUUCAUUACUUUAUGUAUGUACCUUUGUUUGUAUUCAAAAUUGAUAAAGAAUUGUUUUCGUAAACAACACAGAUUCUUCUCUACUGUGUAUGAUUGACCCCAUUUUUGUAUGUUUCUAAGAACUGUGCUUAGAAGAAGUAUGUGGAUAUGUAAUGUUACUCUUUUUUGUGACAGCAGUUGCUUCCCAGAAUUUGUUUUCAAUUCAGACUUACAAAUGUAUAAUAGGUUUAUUGAUACAUGUAAUAUUAGAUGAAUGGUGAUUUGUUUUUUUUUUGUUUUGUUUUUUAUCUGUGUGUGUGUACAUGUAUCAAACCUUAUAAAGCAUCAUUAAAUAAAUAAAUGGAUU